AUGGAUCUUUUAGUAUUAGGACAUGCUGCCCAAUAUGAAUCACACCAGCAUAUUAUCUCUUGUGUAGCCUUUGGUAUUUUCUUAUUUUUAUUCUUUGUCCUUUUUUUGUGUAACACAAUUAAAAAUCAGUACAUACCCAAAUUUACAUCAAUUCUUGUUUUUGGUGAUUCAACAGUUGACACUGGAAAUAACAAUUAUAUAUUCACUUUACUCAAAGGCAAUCAUAUACCAUAUGGAAAAGAUUAUUUUAACCAUGUUCCAACAGGUAGAUUUUCAAAUGGAAAACUUGUACUAGACAUAUUGGCUAUUUUAUUAAAAUUAAAAAAUUAUGGUGUGCCACCAUAUUUAGAUCCAAAUUUGUUGGAAAAUGAUUAUAGAAGUGGAGUUUCUUUUGCAUCAGCUGGAUCAGGAUAUGAUAAUUUAACAAGUUUAAUUUCAGGGGUAAUUUCAAUGAGAAAACAAUUAGAAUAUUUUAAAGAGUAUUUGGAGAAAUUGAAAGAUUAUUUUGGUGAGAAAGAAAAAGAACGAAUUGUGAAAGGUGCUUUGGUUAUUGUUAGUUCAGGGAGUAAUGAUUUUAUUUUUAAUUUCUAUGAUGUUCCAACAAGAAGGAUUGAGUUUAGCAUGAAGGAGUAUCAAGAUUUUCUUCUAGAUAAGUUGCAAUGUUUUGUCAAGGAACUUUAUGAACUUGGAUAUCAUAAUAUUAUAGUAAGUGGGCUUCCUCCAAUUGGCUGCCUUCCAAUUCAAAUGACUGCAAAAUCUCCAUUUGAUAGAACUUGCAUUGAAAAAGAGAAUUCAGAUUCUCAAUCUUAUAAUAAAAAACUUGAAGAAUUAUUGCCACAUUUACAAGCACAACUUCCAGGAAGCAAAAUAUUUUAUGCAGAUAUAUACACUCCUAUAUCAAAUUUCAUCAAUAAUCCACAUGAAUAUGGAUUUGAAGAAACAAAAAGAGGUGGUUGCGGAACUGGAUUAUUAGAAGCAGGACCUUUAUGUACACCAAAAUCUCCAAUGUGUUCAGAUACUUCACAAUAUGUUUUCUUUGAUAGUAUCCAUCCAACUGAAUCAACUUAUUAUCAAAUUUCUGAGCAUUUAGUGAAGAAGCUUCUCCCAAAGUUCUCAAUUAUUGACAACUUUUAA